UGAUUUUUCCGCGUUUUCUCCGUACUCACCCUUGACUCACACCGCUCUCUCCUCGGAAGGUUUUGAUUUUCCCCUACCUCGAGCUUCAAACCUUUCGUCAACAUUUCAAGCAAGAUGUCUGAACAGUCCUCAAGCGUCAUUUAUCAGCUCAUUGGUGCUCACACAAGAUAUUCUAGCUGGACAGCCCGCAUCGAGACUCUCCUUGUAUACUUCUCCAUUCCUUACACCCCAACCACUCUAAAUGUCGCAGUCAACAAAGGCGCUGCGCUCCCCUACUCUCCGUCUGGCCUAGUCCCCACUCUGGUCGUCACCACCCUCCCCGAGUCACCACUCACUGUAACGGACUCUCUUUCCAUCGCCGAAUACCUCGCCGAGUCACACCCCAAUCUCCCCUUGUGGCCCAAAGAUGCCCACCUCCGCGCUCUCGCUCGCUCAGCAGUAUCAGAAAUGCAUGCCGGCUUCACGGAGAUGAGAAAUACGUACGGCUGCAACUUCCUUGGACACUAUUCUGGACCAAUUCCCAUCAACGAGAAGGCGAAGAAGGAAAUUGAGAGGAUGUUGACAUUGUGGAGUGAUGCGAGGAGAUUUACGGUUGAGAGGCUGAAGAUGGUUGGGAAGGAAGAUGGAGAUGAGGGGUUUCUGUUUGGGAAGUUUGGGAUUGCGGAUUCGUUCUUUUGGCCCGUUUUGUGGCGUUUCCGGACUUACAACCUCCCUCUUGACGCCGCAACGCCAGAGGCUCUGGCUUGGAUGAAGACGAUGUGGGAGGAUCCGCGAUUGGAAAAGCUGGGGGAGAGCUAUUGGAAGCAAGCGGAAGAUCCGCAGAGCUUGGUUCCUGUCUAUGAGAAUGUGUUCAAAGAUGUUCCGGGUGUCACUUAUGCGCGAGUCGCAAAGGACUGGAAAUUUGAAUCCUGAUUUGCAUUUCACAGAAAGUGGGUUGAAGAAGGACGAGGUCCAGCUUAAAUUUAGGCACUUCGCAGUUUCUCGUUUAGCAAUUCUGAUCCUUUACUGCCUAAGAACCUGCC